GAGGCCGGGCAGGGGGAGGAGGUGGAGGAGGACUGUAUCCCUGCGCCUGUGCGCGCCCGGCGGAGGCGGAGGCCGAGGCCGAGGCCGGGAGAGCGAGCAGACGGGUGGAUGGGGGAACGGCCGCGGCGGUUGCGGUGAAGCAGCGGCCGGCAUGGAGGGCAGCGCCCGCUUCCCCGGCGGCGCGGCGGGGCAAGUCGCCUGCUAGUGACCGGCGAGGGGGCAAUCUCCGUGUCCGCCCUUCCCCGCCUUCCUUCCCCCCCCUUUUCCCCUUCCCCGCCACCUCCCCCGCCCGCCUGGAAGCAUGAACUGGCAGCGGAGGUGCUGCUCCUCGCCACCGCCUCCCCGCCGGUGAGAGCGAGGAGGGAGGGAAGAUGGGGGCCGUCCUGCGCAGCCUACUUGCCUGCAGUUUUUGUUCCCUGAUGAGAGCUGCCCCACUGUUGCUGUAUGCCAACCGGCGGGAUCUGCGCCUGGUGGACGCUGCCAACGGGAAGGAGAACGCGACGGUGAUCGUGGGUGGCUUGGAGGAUGCAGCAGCAGUGGACUUCCUGUUUGUAAAGGGGUUGAUAUACUGGAGUGAUGUAAGUGAAGAAGCCAUUAAACGAACAGAAUUCAAUAAAUCUGGGAGUGUACAAAAUGUGGUCAUUUCUGGACUUCUGUCACCUGACGGGCUGGCAUGUGACUGGCUGGGAGAGAAGUUAUACUGGACGGAUUCUGAAACAAAUCGGAUUGAAGUUUCUAAUUUAGAUGGAUCACUAAGAAAAGUUUUGUUUUGGCAAGAGUUGGAUCAACCCAGGGCAAUCGCCUUAGAUCCUGCAAGAGGGUUCAUGUAUUGGACAGACUGGGGAGAAGUGCCAAAGAUAGAACGUGCUGGGAUGGAUGGUUCAAGCCGCUCCAUUAUAGUCAACACAGACAUAUAUUGGCCAAAUGGACUGACGCUGGAUUAUGAGGAACAGAAACUUUAUUGGGCAGAUGCUAAACUGAAUUUCAUCCACAAAUCAAAUCUGGAUGGAAGCCAUAGGCAAGCAGUGGUUAAAGGCUCCCUUCCACAUCCCUUUGCUCUGACGCUGUUUGGGGACACGUUGUACUGGACUGACUGGAACACACAUUCGAUCUUGGCCUGCAGCAAGUACUCCGGGGAGGACCUGCGUGAAAUACAUUCCAACAUCUUCUCUCCCAUGGAUAUUCAUGCUUUCAGCCAAAAGAGGCAGCCGAAUGCUACAAACCCAUGUGGAAUUAAUAAUGGUGGCUGCUCCCACUUGUGUUUGAUGUCUCCUACCAAGCCCUCUUAUCAGUGUGCAUGUCCUACUGGUGUGAAACUUCUUGAGAAUGGAAAGACCUGCAAAGAUGGUGCCACUGAACUGCUGCUUCUAGCCCGACGGACAGAUUUGAGGCGAAUUUCCUUGGACACCCCAGAUUUUACAGACAUCGUGUUGCCCCUGGAUGACAUCCGUCAUGCCAUUGCCAUUGACUUUGAUCCUUUGGAAGGGUACAUCUAUUGGACCGAUGAUGAAGUUAGGGCCAUACGCCGCUCGUUCAUCGAUGGGUCAGGCAGUCAGUUUGUUGUCACAGCACAGAUUGCACACCCUGAUGGCAUUGCUGUGGACUGGGUUGCCCGGAAUCUGUACUGGACUGACACUGGCACAGACCGUAUCGAAGUUACAAGGCUUAAUGGGACCAUGAGAAAAAUCUUAAUAUCAGAAGACCUGGAAGAACCCAGAGCCAUCGUGCUGGAUCCUAUGGUUGGGUACAUGUACUGGACUGACUGGGGAGAAAUCCCGAAGAUUGAGAGGGCAGCAUUAGAUGGCUCAGACAGAAUUGUGCUGGUGAAUACCUCACUUGGGUGGCCAAAUGGACUGGCACUGGAUUAUGCAGAAAACAAAAUAUACUGGGGAGAUGCCAAAACAGACAAAAUAGAGGUAAUGAAUGCUGAUGGAACUGGGAGAAGAGUUCUGGUGGAGGACAAGCUGCCUCACAUCUUUGGAUUCACAUUGUUGGGAGACUACGUGUAUUGGACAGACUGGCAAAGACGCAGCAUCGAACGUGUGCACAAGCGAACAGCAGAAAGAGAGAUCAUCAUAGAUCAACUGCCUGACCUAAUGGGCCUGAAAGCUACAAAUGUCCACCAGAUAAUUGGUACAAACCCUUGUGCAGAGGAAAACGGGGGCUGCAGCCAUCUCUGUCUGUACAGACCCCAAGGCCUCCGCUGCGCUUGCCCCAUAGGCUUAGAGCUCAUCAAUGAUAUGAAAACCUGCAUAGUUCCAGAAGCUUUCCUGCUCUUUUCUCGAAGAGCAGAUAUCAGAAGAAUCUCUUUAGAAACAAACAACAACAACGUUGCUAUUCCACUCACCGGAGUCAAGGAAGCUUCUGCUCUGGAUUUUGAUGUGACAGAUAAUCGGAUUUACUGGACUGACAUUUCCCUAAAGACCAUCAGCAGAGCAUUUAUGAAUGGCAGCGCACUGGAACACGUUGUGGAGUUUGGCUUGGAUUACCCGGAAGGCAUGGCCGUAGAUUGGCUGGGGAAGAACUUGUACUGGGCUGAUACUGGAACCAAUCGUAUAGAAGUGUCAAAGCUGGAUGGGCAGCACCGCCAAGUGCUGGUGUGGAAAGACCUUGACAGUCCCCGAGCUCUGGCACUGGACCCUGCUGAGGGGUUUAUGUACUGGACCGAAUGGGGUGGUAAGCCAAAGAUUGACAGAGCUGCUAUGGAUGGCACUGAGCGGACUACUUUGGUACCAAACGUGGGACGUGCUAACGGCCUGACAAUUGACUAUGCGAAAAGACGACUGUACUGGACUGACCUGGAUACCAACCUGAUAGAAUCCUCCAACAUGCUAGGCCUUGACCGUGAGAUUAUAGCUGAUGAUUUACCUCAUCCAUUUGGCUUGACCCAGUAUCAGGACUACAUUUACUGGACAGACUGGAGCCGGCGUAGCAUCGAGCGAGCCAACAAGACCAGUGGCCAGAACCGAACUAUCAUCCAAGGGCAUUUGGAUUAUGUUAUGGACAUCCUGGUCUUCCAUUCCUCCAGGCAGGCAGGCUGGAACGAGUGUGCCUCUAGCAAUGGUCACUGCUCCCACCUCUGCCUGGCAGUCCCUGUUGGUGGGUUUGUCUGUGGAUGCCCAGCUCACUAUUCCUUGAACUCUGACAACAGGACUUGCAGUGCUCCUACAACCUUUCUGUUGUUCAGUCAGAAGAAUGCAAUUAAUCGAAUGGUGAUAGACGAGCAGCAGAGUCCAGAUAUCAUACUCCCUAUCCAUAGUCUCAGAAACGUCCGAGCCAUUGAUUAUGACCCCCUGGAUAAACAACUGUACUGGAUUGAUUCUCGGCAGAACAUCAUCCGGAAGGCACAGGAAGAUGGCAGCCAGAGCCUCACUGUUGUGACCAGUCCAGUUCCUAAUCAGAACCUAGAUAUGCAGCCGUAUGACCUGAGCAUUGACAUCUAUAGCCGCUAUAUCUACUGGACCUGUGAAGCUACUAAUGUGAUCAAUGUGACACAUCUGGAUGGGAGACCCAUGGGAGUGGUGCUCAAAGGAGAUCAGGAUAGGCCCAGGGCCAUUGUGGUGAAUCCUGAGAAAGGGUACAUGUAUUUCACCAACCUACAGGAAAGGUCUCCUAAAAUUGAAAGAGCAGCAUUGGAUGGAACUGAACGAGAAGUCCUUUUUUUCAGUGGUUUGAGCAAACCCAUAGCCUUAGCUAUUGACAGCCAGCUAGGCAAGCUGUUCUGGGCUGAUUCAGACCUGCGUAGAAUUGAAAGCAGUGACCUUUCAGGUGCUAACCGGAUUGUUUUGGAAGACUCCAAUAUCUUGCAGCCUGUGGGACUAACAGUGUUUGAAAACUGGCUGUAUUGGAUUGACAGGCAACAGCAGAUGAUUGAAAAGAUUGACAUGACUGGUCGAGAAGGACGUACAAAGGUUCAAGCUCGUAUUGCACAACUCAGUGACAUCCAUGCUGUGAAAGAGCUCAACAUUCAGGAAUACAGACAACAUCCUUGUUCUCAAGAUAAUGGUGGCUGCUCGCACAUUUGCAUCGUCAAGGGUGAUGGCACCACGCGCUGCUCUUGCCCUGUGCACCUUGUUCUGCUGCAGGAUGAGCUGUCCUGUGGGGAACCGCCAACAUGCUCCCCUCAGCAGUUCACCUGUUUCACAGGUGAGAUUGACUGCAUCCCAGUGGCCUGGCGCUGUGAUGGUUUCACUGAAUGUGAAGACCACAGUGACGAAAAGAACUGCCCAGUGUGCUCAGACACCCAGUUCCAGUGUGAAAGUGGACAGUGCAUAGACAGUGCCCUUCGGUGCAAUGGAGAAGCAAAUUGCCAGGACAACUCAGAUGAGAAGAACUGUGAAGUGCUUUGUUUGACCGAUCAGUUCCGCUGUGCCAGUGGGCAGUGCAUUGGGAAAAGCAAGAAAUGUGAUCACAACCUGGACUGCAGUGACAGCUCAGAUGAGCAAGGAUGCUACACCACAGAGGAGCCUGCACCCCAGCCCAACAACACAAUAGGCUCCAUCAUCGGUGUGAUCCUUACAGUUUUUGUGGUUGGAGCAAUGUACUUCAUCUGCCAGAGGGUGCUGUGCCCACGCAUGAAGGGAGAUGGGGAAACAAUGACCAAUGAUUACGUGGUGCAUGGUCCAGCCUCUGUACCUCUUGGUUAUGUGCCUCACCCAAGCUCUUUGUCAGGCUCGCUUCCUGGGAUGUCUCGAGGUAAAUCUGUGAUCAGUUCCCUCAGCAUCAUGGGAGGGAGCAGUGGGCCACCGUAUGACAGGGCCCAUGUCACUGGAGCCUCUUCCAGUAGUUCUUCAAGUACCAAAGGCACUUACUUUCCUCCAAUUUUGAACCCACCACCCUCACCAGCUACUGAACGUUCACAUUAUACAAUGGAAUUUGGUUAUUCUUCAAACAGCCCAUCCACUCAUAGAUCCUACAGCUACAGGCCUUACAGCUACCGGCAUUUUGCACCUCCCACCACCCCCUGCAGCACGGAUGUCUGUGACAGUGACUAUGCCCCCAGCCGGAGGGUCACCGCGGCCACAGCCAAGGGCUACACCAGUGACUUGAACUAUGACUCGGAGCCCGUCCCCCCGCCGCCCACUCCCCGCAGCCAGUACCUGUCGGCGGAGGAGAACUACGAGAGCUGCCCGCCUUCCCCCUACACGGAGAGGAGCUACUCCCAUCAUCUCUACCCACCGCCCCCCUCCCCCUGCACGGACUCCUCAUGAGGGGUAGCCCCCCCGCCCCGUUAUCUGCCUCCGCCGCGACCGUGUAAAUACAAAAAGUUCUUCUGGGGAUGGGGGGAGGGAGCUCUCGGUGAGGGAGGAGGAGGAGGUAGGACAGUGUACAGUUAAAUGUUAUUAAGUGGAGUGGAAGAAUACUGAAGAUAUUUGUACAGAAGAGAAAAAAAAAAAAAAGGAAAAAAAGAAAAAAAAGGAUAUUUAUAUAUUUUCUUAAAACAGCAACUGCUGCUUGUGCCAUAAGAAGAAAAAUUUUUGUAUAAAAGAACCCAGACGUUUGUACAAAAAGUUUUUAUUUUUGCAAAUGGAACACAAAAACAUGCCUUAAUCCAGUGAAGUGACUGAGCACAUAAGGAAAUGGAAGGACUGGGAUGUAUUACUUGUCCACCGAGGUGAGAUGUGGGGUUCGUCAAUACCAAAAAUGUUUAAAAGUAAUUAAUAUUAAAGAAGUCCGUCUCGGAGCAGCAUACCAUUGAUACUUGGAAGUAGCCAAAUAACCUCUAUGUUAACUACAGAGGGCCAGCAACUAAAGUUAAACUUGAAAACGCAGUCAGGACAGAUAUUAACCUUACACAAAGGGCUUUGUUUUCUACAGAAAUACAGCAAUCGUAGCAGUGAAUCCAGACAGAUAAUCACACACUUUUUAAAAUGAAAUACUCCUCUGUUUCUCCUUAAUGCAUUUUCCAAACGAGCAUUUAGAUUUUUCUCCUUGCUUCUGGAAUAUCAGUGAUUUUUGUUUGGUAUAUUUUAAAGUUUGCUUUUUUCUCCUGUUUAGCUUUUCCCAUCUCUUCUGCUUCCUUUCUUCCUGCCCGUGUCACUUUAAGUCAUGAUAUCCUUAUUUAAAGUACUCCUAGAACUGGGCUGCUGUAAAUUCUCUUAUUCUCCUAAUUAGCCUUGUCCUGCAGUGAGUAUCAUGCUGUACAUUACUUCAGUUUGCCAACACCGUUGGAUUCUGUUUUGUACCAGGUCAGUACGAUUUUCACGUAAUUGACAAGGGUAAUAUGCAUAUACCUGAAUGAUUUUUAGUCCCUUAAAAAAAAAGAAAACCUUAUUUUGACCUAGUGCCCACGAAAUGUCAAAUAUUUUUAUACCACAUAUAAUAUAGACAGCAUAUUUAUAAACUAUAAAUUUAACCGCGGAUUGUUAGUUUUACUGUAAAUGAAUAAUAUAUCCUUGCAGUGCUUUCAGUGUAUAUUGAUAUCACAGUAUACAAAUCAUAUAUAUAAAUAUAUAUUAUUUUUUUUCCUCGUAAGGAAGCAUUUAACUUUCAGUGGAGCAACUGUUCAUAAAAAAAAAAAAAAAAAGAUGUUAUGCUCAUUGGAAGGGGUUCCCGUGCUGUAUUAACUGCUCAUGAUUUCUUUGUGUUAGGUAAAGCCAGUUUUUCCCAGUAUGAUUUUGACAUACCUCCUCUUUUGCUUGGUGUGAGUUUAAUACUCUAGUGUUAACCGCUGUGAAUGUCAAAUUGUAUGAUAUUCUUAACCAAACCAUUUUAUAUUUGCAUCUCUAUUUUUAUAUACUGUCAUAUUUAGCCCCUUCUCCUGUCAGCCUCACCAUGGUGAUUUUGACAGGGAGAGUAUAUAAUCAAGUGAAAACAUUAUUUGUGUAGGUUGAGGGGCCACCUAGGAUAUUAUUAACUCCUCUUUGACUCCAGUGCAGUGUUUUGAAUUUGCUUUGGCUGUAGUGGAGCUCACAGUACACCUGGUCCUAGAUGGCAUUAUGCAUUUGCACCUUCUGUUGAAAUCAAGUCCAUGCUGAAGGUGCUUGAUGCCUUCAAAGAUUGGCUCUCUGAGUAUUUUUCUCUCAAAACAAAUGUACUGAGGAACUUCUGCCUCCUGGCCUUUGGGCAUGGUAUGGGUGUAACAACUCUUCAGAGGUGCCAUUUGGAUUUUACUGUUUUCUGUUGCUUAUAUCCCAGCCAAUUUCCACUGAAAGAUAAACAAUCUGAAGAUGUGGCAUCGUCUUUAAGUUGUGCUGUUGAAAGAAUUAGCGACAAGUGACUCUUGCUAGUGCUGCCACUCAUUUGGAUGGAGUACUGGAGCCUCACCUAGUUUCAGCUCCAGGGAAAACUAUGGCAUUUGGGAUUCCAGCUGUAAGAAAGGGUCUUUCUAGUAGUCCAAGAUACCUGAGAAAACUUUUAUUUUAAAGUUUUGGCAGUCUCCAGCCUAUUGCAGCUGAUCUCUGGGUCUGGCAUACUAAGGUGUUUUUCUGGCCAGCUUUCUUAUGGAUAUCUAGGAAUCGUGGUAGCUGUUCUUCUGGCUCUUCCUUGCUGGUGAAGCAGUUCAUGUUCUCCAGCAGGAUGGAUGUUGAGGAGGGUAUUGUUAACUAUAAGGGAACUCAAAACCAUUUAUAUGAAGGGGGGAGGAGGGCAGGUGUGUCGGGGCAGGGGGAGCUGAGGCUGGCACACCAAUGAGAAUAGAAACUUCUCUGUUGUUUACAUUUUUUCACGUGCAGCAUUCCGUGUGGGGUUCACAUGUGGAAACUUGCACUAAUGAACUCAGAAGAAUAUUGCAUUGUUGUAUCUCAGUCCAAGUGCUUGUACUGCGAUGGCAAUGGUCUCUUCUUGCAAAAUACUUCUUUUCAGUGUGCCAAUUUCUGUUUGAAAACCUCUAAGGUGGUUGAGCUUAAGGAGUGGUAUCCUCUUUCUGGUGCAGUCAGACCGCCUCACUGAGCCUUCCUUCUGCAGGUAAAAUCCAGAGGUUGCUAAUUACAGCAGGGGUUCUUUAGGAGAAAAAUGUUCUCUGCAUCUGCAUUGCACUACCUGGCUUCUGCUCUGGUUUGUCUCCAUGCAUAACUCAGUUGAAGUCAGCAGGGUGGACGUAUCGUUCAGUAUAGGACUCGAUCAGUACUUUUAGAGACAUAUGUUUCAGUUUGUGCAUCAGGUAUUUUGAGUGAUCUGCCUCUGGGAGGUACAGAUGAAGGGAGAGAGAGUGGACAGACUAUGUGUUUUGCACUGAAGGUGACCAGCAUAGGGAGAAGGCUGUUUCUCAUUUGAACUAACCAAAGAAUGUAUUUAGUGGGAAGCUGUGAUCUGCCUUUGCAAGUAUGUGUAUUUUCCCAGUAAAUUCAGAGUAAAAUUUUGAAAGAGCUGAUGAUCUGUGAAGUUCCCCUUAGGCAGAACACCAAAUUACAAAAGCAUUGAUGCAACUAGUGAGUGCACCUGACCCAGUCCCAGUGGAUAAGCCAUAGAUUGAUUGAAAAUUGAGACCCAGUUUCUCUCUUGUUCUCUGCCACCAAGCCAGUUGUGAUUCAUGUUCUCUCCUUCGCUCAGUGUGGAUCAUGUUUUCUCCUGCUUCUCAUAUUGACAAGGGUGUUGGGACUGUAGAUAACUCACAUGUCAGUUCAGGAGAUCAUUAAAGUGGGCUUGUAGCAUUAGUGUGUAAGUGGUCUCACUGAUGUCAAUGAAACUGCUUGUCUAAAUGUUAAACACAAAUAUCCUUAUCUUACAGCCCCAGGCACACACACAGUGGGGCAUUUAACUCAAGUACUCAUGGUGCACUUUUUCCUCUAUGUAGACACCUGGAGAGUGUUCAUAGCUGACUGGAGAUGCAAGUAGCUGGCAUGCUCUGUCAGAAAAGGAGCAGUCCUUUGUAGUAAAAAACAAAAAAACCAACAUAUUUUGUUGAAAACCAACCUUUGCAUGUUCAGCAGGAACUUAGCAUGUUUCAGUGACAACAUUAAUGAGACCUAAUCUGGCCUUUUAAAAUUCCACCUCCCGUGCCAUACUGCCUGCAUUUCAGACCUUCCUAAGGAGCACUCCUCAUUUCUCCACUGCCUUUGGACACCAAGAUAUUUAUUUGAAAAGAACUUAGAUACAACAAAUGGAACGUGCACAUAGCAUGUGCAUUUGAAGGAAAGGUUUCCAUUAAUAUAAAUUCAUGCGACCUGUGCACAUACAUUAAAUGAACUAUUUACAGUAAUGCAAAAUAUGCAAAUGAGCCAGUUGAUAUCAAAGGAUUCAUUUUGCUGUAACUUUCAGUGUUGUAAAUUCCAGAUUACUGCCAUAACAUUUUCCCCCCACAUGCAAUGUACAAGUAUAUGUAUGUAGGGGCCAUGAAUCUUUGAUAAUGUGAGUUUACCCAAAGCUAGAAGUCUUCUCUCUGGUGCAUUCCCAUUCACACACCCCUGUGUUGGCAGAUUCACCCUCUCUGCCUUUCACAGGGCUAAUGCUGGGUGCUGUCUCUCAUUAGCUGUCCUUGUCUGGUGCAGUGGUAGGACAGACAGCAGAAUAUUUGCUACUUUAAACCUGAAGAGAUAAUACUCAGUCAUGCCAGACAGCAGGGGAAGCACAUUUUUCAGGCUGUUCCCUUUCUUUUGGAGUCCAUUCUGCAGAUGAGUAAAACUUCUGUUUUCUGUAGAUACAUAAACAUCAAUCUCUGUUACUCCUAGCAUAACUAUGAAGAAAAUUGCACCCAAACUGCUGAACAUGGCCAGUGCUACAAUCCACCUCAAGUGAAGGUGCAUGCAGAAAAUCUGUAUUUAUUGCUCUAAAUGGCAGUGUUCUGGUCACCAGUUGUGCAUUGCAUCUCUAUUUAUUAUAGCCUGCUCUCUAGAAGUGGCUUAAUAUGUGAGUCUUAAACAUAAAUCCAUUUGAACUAGUUAAACCUGUUCUAAGAUGACAAAAAAGUUACUAUCUUUAGUACUGAGUAUUUCUGUACCUUACUGCUUGGACUGAUCUCCUUGAAAUCAAUUGAUUAUCACCAUUCUAGAGGGUGGAACUCCCUAGUCACACAUGCUGUUGAACUAAACCUCUUAAAAAUAUCUCCCAAAAAAUAAUCACUUUUUCUCCCUGAUGUUUUUGUCUUGAGCAUGUUUGUUGUGCAAUAUUGUUACAGGCAGAAUCUGUGCUUGCAGCAGGUUACUAGCAGGCUGUUCAUUGGGUGCAAAAAUAAUUUGAACAUUGUUGUUCAGAAAUAGCUUUCUUAGCCAUGAGAUUUCUUUUAAAAUUGCAUUGUGGUGGGGUUAUUGCUUGAAAAUCAACCUUUAUCUUAAUUGGCAGGUGACAAGUACACCUUGAAAACAAGUUAGGAGUGACCUACUAGCUGGAAAGAUGGUACAAAACAUUACAUUUUUUUUCUCAGAGCAGUAAAACAAAAUACUGUCUUUAUAUAAACUGGGCAAUUUUCUUUGAGUCUUUAAAAAGGGCAGCCCAGUGGAUGGAUGCCAGUGUAGCAUUUCUAGGGAGUGGGCAAUUGGCUCCAUAACUGCAGGGCAGGGUAAGUACAGUGAGCACAUUGGGAUCGGGGCAGGGAUUGUCUUGGGAGCACACAGAGUGAGGGUGAGGAUGAAACUGGGAGAGGAGACUUGUUCCCUGCUUUUAAAUAAAGGAGAAGCAUCUUUGAAGUCCUGAUUAAAAUGGCUGUAGCCUGAAGCCAGGCAGGGAAGAGUCAGGGAGGCAAAAAGAAAGUGUCUUUUUGUAAAAGAGGAUACCACCAGGCUUAAGCUGAACCAGCCUUGUUUGCAAGUGAAGGAUCUGGUGCUGCUUUCAGAUUUUAAUCUUGUUUUUGGUUUGUUCUGUUUGUUCUUUUUUUCUUUUCUUUUUUUUUUUUUCCUUUUCUUUUUUUUUUGUAAGCUUUAAUCACUGUUUGUCAUUGUCUUAAAGCCAGCUGGUGUCUCUUGUUCAUCAACUUUGGUACGAUGGUGCUUUGCAAGGAUGUAUUUAUAUUAUAAUGACCAACAUUUGGUCAGCCCUAUUCACUCAUUCACUAACCUUUUUUUUUUUUUUUUUUUUUUUGUAAAAUAAAGUGCUUUACUUGUAAGGUGUAUAUAAACCUUGUAAAAAAAUCCUUUCCAAUUAUUACUAUAAACUGAGUUGUAACAAAUGAAAUGUUGAUUUUUAUAAUAAAACUAAGAGUGAAAAAGGA